CGUCUCUGUCCCACAGCGAACUCAUCCUGUCCAACAUCGAUGUCAGCGCUUCCGGCAUCUGGCAGUGCCACGUGACCAGUUCCCGUGGCAACAGCUCGCGCAACAUGGAGAUUGUGGUUCUGGAGACGUCGGCACCGUACUGCGCGGCGGAGAGAGUCAGCGGUAACAAAGGAGACUUCAGGUGGCCUAAAACCCUGGCAGGGAUCAUAGUUACCCUGCAUUGUGCUGCUCCCAAGAAGACCGCGUGGCGUCGGUGCGACCGCUCCGGGCGCUGGGCAGAGGAGGACUACACCCAGUGCCCCUACGCCAGCGAGGUCACACGGGCACUCCACCAGCUCACCAAGAUGGCAGUGAACAACAGCAAUGCCCUCACCCUGGCCCAGCAGUUGGCCUCCUUCACCAGCAGGGCGGCGCACUUUGGCGACGUGAUGGACGUGAUCUUCGUCACGCACCUGGUGGAGAGGAUCACUCGACUGGUGGGCCGAAUCCGGGAGCUGGCGGAUUUGGUGUGGGACAUUGCCAGUAACAUGAUGCUGGUGGAGGAACACAUCCUGUGGAUGGCCCAGACCGAGGCCAGGGCCUGCACGCGUAUCGUCCAGUGCGUGGAGCACGUUGCCGAGCUGGCCCUCAACUCCCACACGCCACUCAUAUCCAAGGUCUCCCCCAACAUAGCUCUGGAAGCGUUCCUGGUCAAGCGCUCCAAUCUGAUUGGCCUGUCCUGCGUGGCGGUGCAGCGCUCGCGGCCCGCCGCUCCCCCCGUGGGCCCUGCCGCCCGCGACGCGGCCGAGUUGGCCGACACUCUGCUGAACUUUAAAUGUCAGCCCAUCAACACGAGCAGCUCACCUGCCGGGCAGCUCAGCAAGAACACAGUGGCUGUCGCGUCAAUCCAUUUACCGCUGGCUGCUGCUGCUGCUGCCGCCCCUAGCACAUCUGCGUUGCAAUCUGUUGAUAACUCCACUUGCAAGCUGCAGUUUAUUGUCUUUCGCAAUGGGAAACUCUUUCCUUGCACAGGGAAUUCGUCGAACCUCGCCGAUGAUGGGAAACGUAGGAGUGUUGCAACACCAGUUGCUUUCACCAAAUUAGAUGGCUGCAGCUUGGGGAGCGCCGUGCAGCCCGUCACCAUCGCUCUCAGGCACUUGGCUCUGGGUGUAGACCCUACCGCUGCUUACUGGGACUUUGACCUGCUCGAUGGACACGGCGGCUGGAGAGCAGAGGGGUGCAACAUAACGGGCUCGGUGGGCAACACGACUACCAUUUACUGCACUCAUCACAAGAACUUUGCAGUUCUAAUGGAUCUGAAGAAGGCGCUGUCCCUCCCUCUGUACCCGGGGGAGUUUCUGCAUCCAGUCGUGUACGCCUGCACGGCAGUGAUGUUGCUCUGCCUCUUCGCCUCCAUCAUCACCUACAUAGUGCAUCACAGCGCCAUCCGUAUUAGCCGGAAAGGAUGGCACAUGCUCCUGAACUUCUGCUUCCACACGGCGUUGACCUUCGCUGUGUUCGCCGGUGGCAUCAACCGGAUCAAGUACCCCAUGAUAUGCCAGGCAGUUGGUGUGGUGUUGCACUACUCCUCUCUCUCUACCAUGCUGUGGCUUGGCGUCACAGCCAGGAACAUCUACAAGCAAGUGACCAAAAAGCCCACGCAGCCUCAGGAUGGAGACGCCCCGACGCACCAGCCGAAAUCACCUAUGCUGAGGUUUUACCUAGUGAGUGGUGGGAUCCCUUUCAUUAUCUGUGGAAUUACUGCAGCCACUAAUAUUGAAAAUUACGGAAGUGGAGAGCUAACACCAUACUGCUGGAUGGCGUGGGAGCCUAGCCUGGGGGCCUUCUAUGGGCCGGUAGCCUUCAUCGCCCUGGUGACGUGCAUCUACUUCCUGGGCACCUUCAUCCAGCUGCGCCGGCACCCGGAGCGCAAGUACGAGCUGAAGGCGUCCAGCGAAGAGCACCAGCGGCUAGCCUCAGGUGACCUGCCGCCCCACUGCCACCAGGGGCCUGAGCAGGGGGCCCCACCGGCAUCUGCCGAGGUGGGCCGGGUCCACUGCGUGGGCGGCUGCGGCGUCAACCCGGCGCUGCUGGCCAACGAGCACUCGUUCAGCGCCCAGCUGAGCACGGCGGCCUUCACCCUCUUCCUGUUCCUGGCCACGUGGACGUUCGGCGCGCUGGCCGUCACUAUGGGCCACUUCCUGGACAUGAUCUUCAGCUGCCUGUAUGGGGCCUUCUCCGUCACCCUGGGCCUGUUCGUGCUCAUCCACCACUGCGCCAAGCGCGACGACGUCUGGCACUGCUGGUGCUCCUGCUGUCCAGGCAGGCGAGGUGGUGGCCCGCGCCACGGUGGACACGGCGGCUGUUCGGGCCACGGCCACGGUCACGCACACGGCCCCGCGCACCACCACCACCACCACCAUGGCCGGCUGAAGCAGCUGAACGUGAACGGGGACUCGUUGGCACACGGUGGGCCGCUGCUGCACUGCGGCCACCUGGACACGCAGUGCCCGGGGGUGGUAGGCGGCAAGGGCCUGCUGGGCGUGCACACGCGCGCGCCCUGCAAGCUGGGCGGCCUGCCCUCGCCCAACCCGGUCGCGGCCACGCACGUGGGACCGCCGUGCUGCACCGGGCUGCACUCGCAGCAGCUGCUGCCGGACGAGGACGCGGACGGCGAGGACGAGCCCACGGCGGCGCACGUGCUGCUCCACGCCGACCCCGAGGGCUACCGGCCGGCCAUCCACCUGCACCGCUGCCUGAAGGGAGGCCCGGGCAGUACCGGCGGCAGCGUCAGGACUAAAGGCCGGCGCCUGAGUCGGCAGCGCGUGGGCGGUGGAAGCGAGCGAGAGUUCGCCUUCCACCUGCCCGCGGACUGUGGUGGCGGUAGUGGACACAGUUCGCGUGCCAACAGCCCGCACAGCAUGCUGGACGCCGGGCAUCACCACCACCACCACCACCACCCCGGCGGCGGCGGCGGGCACCACCUGUGCCACGUGGGCGCACACGAGCACGACCUGGGCUGCGACGACCCCCACCACCACCACCACCUCCACCACCACCACCACGCCGCCGGCGGCUGCCACGAGGGGCCCCACCACAGCUGCCACGCCGCCCUGUGCCACGCCCGGCACGCCUGCUGCGCCAAGGCCGAGCUCUUCCCCGCGCUGUGCCCGCCCGAACUGGUGGGCGACGCCGGGGCCUUCCUGUGCGGCUGCGGCAAGAUGGCGCCGGCGGCGGCCGACGAGGAGCUGGGCAUGGGUGGCCACCUGGAGAUGCGGCCGCGCAGACAGUCGCUGCUGCAGAACCCCUCGCCCAGUCAGAAUGGCAUCCUCAAAAGCAGCACGCCCGAGAACGUCCUCUACCCGCUGGACAGCACGGGGAAUAUACGCACCGGCCCCUGGAAGAACGAGACUACUGUGUAG